UCCAAGGAAGUCUCCAAGGGCACCAGACACACAUGGUGCACACCUACACACAGGAAAAUGCAUCUUGCAAUACCCAGGGAGUGUUUACACUUGAUGUGCAGCUGAGGGUGGCUUUGAAUUCUCAAUCUUCCUGCCUUGGUGUCUUCAGUGCUUGGAUUACAGGCAGGCCUGUCCUCGGCCGGCGGCCACCGAACAGGAUCCUGGCUCAUUCCUUUAGCCCAGUCUCGGCCUCCAGCCUCUCCCGCUCGCCUGGGCCGUUCUUCUUCGCAGUCGCAGUUCCCGCCUUACUGCUGAGCCGACGGAGGAGGGGCGUCAGUCGUGCUGGUUCCAGCCUUUUCUGGCGCCGAACUCCCGGACCCGCCCCCCCGCGCCAGUUGCCAGGGAGCGGUUGCCAUAGAGCUGAGCAGUUGUCCGCGUGCGCAGGCGGAAGUCCCGGAUUGAAGCGCCGCCAUUUUUACUGCUCGGACGCGGAGCGAGAAGCCGAGAGUCGGAGACGCUAUCCGCUUCCAUCCGUCGCGCAGACCCUGCCGGAGCCGCUGCCGCUAUGGAUGAUCGGGAGGAUCUGGUGUACCAGGCGAAGCUGGCAGAGCAGGCCGAGCGAUACGACGGUGAGUUGGAGGGGUGUCGGGGGGCUGGAAGUCUCGGACCCUCCGCCGCCGCCCACAGAGGCCGGGAACCGGAGACAAAAUGGCGGCAUCGUCCCCGAGUCUGGCUCGGGACGCGGGUCGGGAAGCGGGAAAUGUCCUGCGGGCUCCCGAAGCGGUGGGAGUCUCCGGGCCCAGGAAUUUGACCCCUCCGGUGUCCUUAGCUUGCAGACGCUCGCCCGCCAGCAGGCCGGGGAGUAGGGUGGAGGAGUUGGUUGUA